AUGAUUCUCUUCUACAUAGGAUUUUAUCGCCUGUCUGGUAAAUGUCUGCCUGAACAGUCGCAAUUUAAACGUUUGAGUUUUUUUAAAACUCAAUCUGAGAUGCGUAACAAGUCUUUGAUGCGUCUCUGUUUGCCGGUGUAUGCAUCAUUUGCGCUUUGUCAAGUGUUAAAAAUUUUUCAUGCUCGCUGGCUACUUACAGCUGAACUCAAGGUGAAAAGUUUACACAAUUCCAUUGAGAAUUUGAAUAACGCCGUUCUUGGCCUAAGAAUGAUUUUUUUAUUUGCUCGAUUUAACAAAUUAUUAAAAGUAUACUUGAGAUUAAUGUUGUCGUUAUGUUGCAAGUUCAAACCUUCACUCAUAAAUAUUGUAAAAGUUUUAACUUCUCCCACAGAAGUUACAACAUUUCAACUUCAUUGCUUUAUAGGUUGUUGUUUUGUUAAUCAGUUGUUUCGAUUUUACUCAGUCUCGUUCAGAAUUUAUCCCACCAGAAGCUUAUUAACCUGA